ACCAAGGUGGAAGAUAUCGUGCAGGAGGUCUUUGACGCCUGCAAGACGAACCAUCACGCCUCGCAAUUUGUCCUGCAGCGGGAGAAGCACUUCCAUUACCUGAAGAGAGGCCUCCGGCAGCUCACCGAAGCCUAUGAGUGUGUGUAUGCCAGCCGCCCCUGGCUCUGCUACUGGAUCCUGCACAGCUUGGAGCUGCUGGACGAGCCCAUUCCCCAGUCAGUUGCCUCUGAGUAAGUAGCACUGGCGCCCCGCUGCCAGAGUCCCCAGGGUGGCUUUGGGGGGGGCCCUGGCCAGCACCCCCACCUUGCCCCAACCUACGCUGCCAUCAAUGCGCUCUGCAUCAUCGGCACGGAGGAGGCGUUUGGUGUCAUCGACAGGAAGAAGCUGCUGGAGUACCUGCACUUGCUGAAGCAGCCCGAUGGCUCCUUCCUCAUGCAUGUUGGUGGCGAGGUGGAUGUCAGGAGCGCCUACUGCGCCGCUUCUGUGGCCUCACUGACCAACGUCCUCACACCCGAGCUCUUUGCCGGGACGGCUGAGUGGAUAGUGCGCUGAAACAAGCUGUUGAACGGCUGCUAUUCCUUCUGGCAAGCUGGCCUCCUGCCCUUGCUCCACCGUGCCCUCCACGCCAGGGGUGAUGCGGCGCUCAGCAUGGCGCGCUGGAUGUUCGACCAGUCAGCGCUGCAGGAAUACAUCCUCCUGUGCUGUCAGUGCCCGGCCGGGGGGCUGCUUGACAAGCCGGGCAAGUCCCGGGAUUUCUACCACACUUGCUACUGCCUGAGUGGGCUGGCCAUCGCCCAGCACUUCGGCAGCGGUGACCUCCACCAUGAGGUGGUCCUGGGCGUCCCCGAGAACCGCCUGCAAGCCACGCACCCUGUCUACAACAUCACCCCCGAAAAGGUGGUGAGAGCAGUGAUGCACUUCUUGCAGCAACCGGUGCCCAGCCUGGAGCCGGUGGCCACUGCCGACUAG